CACACCCCCCCCUCUCUCUCUCUCUCUCUCUCCCUCCGAGUUCCACUGAAAACGACAGCCAACACCGCCCACGCUUUCUUGUUCCUAUCUCUGCUUCUUCAGUCCCCUGCAUACAGAAGGAAAGAGAAAGCAAGAGAGAAGUUUUCAGGAGAGACUUUAGAGGGGGAUGGGGGAUGGAAAAGGUGUAAUUUGCUGAGAUAAAGGAAGAGGGAAUCUUUGUCUUAUGGCAUGCCUGAGGAAGAAGAAGUACUUCAUUGAAGGCCUCCCGAUUGACGAUUCUGCCCUUUUCUUGGUGCACCCCACCAACCCACUUGGAGAUCUUUAUCAAAAACUGAAUCCUUUGUUUCUGAUUUUAUCUCCGAGGAAAUGAAACGCUUGUGGGUCUUUCUCCGGUUCCCUACCAUGUUCUUGCUCUUCUUCUUUCCAAUUGCCUCUCAUACGGUGCAAGGAUUUACUGGAACCUAUGGAAUAAAUUAUGGGAGAAUUGCAGACAACAUCCCUUCACCUGAUGAAGUUGUUACUCUUCUCAGAGCAGCAAAAAUAAAAAAUGUAAGAAUUUACGAUGCUGAUCACAGUGUCUUAAAGGCCUUCAGCGGAAGUGGGCUUGAAUUAGUGGUUGGACUUCCAAAUGGAUUCUUGAAAGACAUGAGUGCCAAUGAGGAUCAUGCAAUGAGCUGGGUUAAGGAUAAUGUGCAGUCAUUCCUUCCUGAGACAAACAUUCGUGGCAUUGCUGUGGGCAAUGAAGUUUUAGGAGGGACUGAUUCUGAGUUGUGGGCAGCUCUUUUGGGUGCAGUGAAAAAUAUUUACUCUGCCAUAGACAAGCUUCAUCUAACUGAUGUGGUUCAAAUUACCACGGCACAUUCAGCGGCUGUUUUUGAUAAUUCCUACCCGCCUUCUUCUUGUAUAUUCAAAGAUAAUAUUGUUCAAUAUAUGCAGCCACUCCUGGAGUUCUUCUCACAAAUUGGUUCUCCUUUCUGUUUAAAUGCUUACCCAUUCCUGGUCUAUAUCGGUGAUCCAGAGAAUAUAGAUAUUAAUUAUGCUCUUUUUCAGUCAAACCAGGGAAUUUACGAUUCAAAAACCGAUCUGCAUUAUGAUAACAUGCUUGAUGCAAUUAUUGAUGCGGGAUAUGCAGCUUUGGAAAAUGCUGGAUUUCCAAAGAUGGAAGUCAUAAUUACGGAGACUGGAUGGGCUUCAAAUGGAGACACCAAUGAAGCUGCAGCCACAACAAAUAAUGCAAGGAUUUAUAACUAUAAUCUGCGGAAAAGGCUUGCAAAGAAGAAAGGAACCCCUCUUAGGCCAAAAAGAGUGGUGAAGGCAUACAUUUUCGCAAUAUUUAAUGAAAAUUUGAAGCCUGGGCCAACUUCUGAGAGAAAUUUUGGACUGUUUAAGGCUGAUGGGAACAUCUCAUAUGAUAUUGGGUUUCAUGGACUUAAAUCUUCAGCUGCAGAUACGUUGUCUUUCUCUUUGAAGGAUAUUGGAGCUUGUGGUUGGUCCAGGUCCCACUCCGUGGUAUCAGCAAUCUCUGCAUUGGCACUGCUUAUUUUCUUAAGAUAAUGAAUAAAUGAAAACUGUCCAGGCCGGCCGGUGAAACCAGCACCAGGAAUUGAAAAGAACAUGAUUUGGUACCAUAUCAUGUAACACACCAGAGCAUGAACAUUAAACAGUACUACACCAUUGAUUCUUGUCUCCAUAGUUACUAUAAAUUACUGAUUAUUUUUGUCUCAGCAAAUGUAUAUUGGUUUUUGGCCUUAUAAAAAACCUCUUAUUUUCUAA